AUGGAUCUAUAAGAAUCGAAAAAAGAACGUGUGGCUGUCGUUUUUGGAAUAACAACUAGAAGAAUGGCCUCUUUAGCUAUAUUGCGUCGAACGUUAGUUAACGGUACGCUAUAUUCUGCGGCAACAUUACGUUUUGCCUCAACUCAAGCUGAUUCAAAGGUUUUCUUCGAUGUUACUGCCGAUGGAGAGCCUUUAGGGCGUAUAGUAAUAAAACUUGAAAACGAGUUAGUCCCAAAAACAUCUGAAAACUUUAGAGCCCUUUGCACUGGGGAAAAAGGCUUUGGAUAUAAGGGAUCGUCAUUCCAUAGAAUAAUUCCCGAUUUUAUGUGUCAAGGGGGGGAUUUCACUAAUCACAAUGGCACCGGCGGCAAAUCAAUUUAUGGCAGAACUUUUCAAGAUGAAAACUUCAAGCUAAAGCACACUGCACCAGGAAUUUUGUCCAUGGCUAAUGCUGGUCCUAAUACUAAUGGGUCCCAAUUCUUUAUUACAACCGUACCUACACCUUGGCUAGAUAAGAAACACGUUGUGUUUGGAGCUGUAGUGGAAGGUAUGGAUGUGGUAGGUAAAAUGGAGGCUCUUGGAUCAAAAAGUGGCAAACCUUCAAAGAAAGUAGUGAUCUCUGAUUGUGGUGACUAUUGUGAGCAAGCUAGCAAGACUAAAGUAGCGCUUUAA